GAGCAAGCGCCUGUGCAAGCCCUCAGGGGAACGAGGGAAAGUGACGGGAGAAGGAACAAACUCGAAACAUACUAUCAAGGGGGAUAAGUGGAGAUCAUUUACGGCUUGAGAAACGGGAAAAGGAGGAGAAAUCAAGCAUUUUAUUUUCGCUUUUCAGAUUCAAGUCUGCUUUUCCUUUCCCUUCUUUGUCCUGAACCUCUUCACUUGCAAUCUUAACGGGUGACCUGUUCAAGCAUGUCGGCCAACGGAAUAAAUCGGGCCCUGAAAUUGCAGUUUGGUCUCAUCAACUUUGAGAGCCGCUACCUGACGGCUGAGGCUUUCGGCUUCAAGGUGAAUGCCUUGGGCGUCAGCAUGAAGAAGAAGCAGAUCUGGACCCUUGAGCAGGACGAGCAAGAUGGCCAAGUAGUGUUCCUCCGCAGCCACCUGGGACGCUAUCUAGCUUCCGACAAAGAUGGAAAGAUGACAUGCGGGGCGGAGAAGCAGGACCCUGACUGCCGUUUCCUUAUUGUGCCUCAAUCUGAUGGUCGCUGGGCACUGCAAUCGGAGCCUUACCUGCGUUACUUCGGAGGCUCGGCCGACUACCUGUCCUGCUUUGCCCAAGUCAUUGGGGAACAAGACCUCUGGGCCGUCCAUUUGGCUUUACACCCGCAGGCCAGCCUGCUCAGUGUGGCCCGUAAGCGCUAUGCCCAUCUGUCUGCUUCAGAUGGAGAGAUCUCAGUGGAUAGCAACAUUCCCUGGGGAGUGGACUCUCUGAUCACCUUGGUAUACCUCGAUGGCAAGUACAGCCUGAAGACCUGCGACAGCCGUUUCCUCAGCUACGAUGGCAAACUGAUGAAAGAGAACUCCAAUACUACUAGCUUCACACUGGAGCUGAAAUCUGGCAAGCUGGCCUUUAAGGACUGUGUUGGAAAAUAUCUGACCCCAGUGGGUCCCACUGGGACGCUGCGAUCGGGCCGAUGUUCCAAGCCCGGAAAAGAGGAGCUGUUUGAUCUUGAGGAGAGUCAUCCGCAAGUUGUUUUCCAAGCCGCCAAUAAAAGAUUUGUCUCGGUCAAGCAAGGACUCAACAGUCUUUCAGCCAAUCAGGACGUGGAGACAGACAUGGAGACCUUUCAGAUGGAGAUUGAUAAGGAGAGCAACAGGUCCAUGUUCAGGACCAAUGGUGGAACCUACUGGGCUCUCGUGACUCACGGAGAGAUCCAAUCCACUGCAACAGAAGUCGAGGUCAACACGAUGUUUGACAUCGAGUGGCGAGGACAGAGCUUGGCCCUCAAAGCAAGUAAUGGAAAGUAUGUGUGUACAAAGAAGAACGGGCAGCUCUCAGCAGUCAGCGAUACAGUGGGUGUCGAUGAAUUGUUCGUGAUGAAACUCAUCAACCGCCCUAUGCUGAUCCUUUUUGGAGAGAAUGGCUUUGUGUGUCACCACAAGAAUUCCAACACUCUGAAUGCAAAUCGAUCCGUCUACGACAUUUUCUCAUUGAUCUUCAACGAUGGCGCCUACAAUAUUAAAAGUGUGAAUGGAAAGUUCUGGUACAUCUCAAGCGGUGGCUUCGUGUGCUCAGAUGGAGAAAAGCCAGAGGACUUUUUCCUUGAGUUCCUGGAGCCUGGACGCGUCGCCAUCAAAUGUUCUGAUGGCAAGUACCUUCGUGGAGACCAGGGAGGUACGCUUAUGGGUAACGGUGCAACUGUUGAUGCAUCUUCGCUGUGGGAGUUCUGAUCAGCGUCCUCAAAGAAGAAGAAAGAAAGUGAGGUGCAGGACCCGCCUCUAUCAGCUCAAAUGAAGAGGACUGAACGGUUAACAUGCUACUGACUUUUUAUACUAGCUGCCAGGUGCCCAAUCCCAUGUUCUUUUUGUUGUUCUUUUAUUAAUUGGGAAGAAGUGAACACAUAAGGAAGAUAUAUGUGGUUUACUGUUUUGUCUUUAAAAUGACAAUGCCAACAUCAAACAACUUAUACUGUGAAAACCUGUCAGUUCACAGAUACACAGAAUAAGCCAGAGGUAGUCCCAAUUCCAUCAGAACAACUUUGUUCAAUUUAGGUGCAGUGAAUACCAAAUAUCUUUGGAGGGCAGCCACUGAUCAGUCCAUGUACAAAGAGAAAUUAAAAUCGCACCAACAGCAUUGUUAAUUAGGGCCAGGGGCAUAAAUUGGGGAGACACACACAUAUUCGACUCAGCCUCCAUUUUGAUCUCAGCUGCAUUAAGUUGCAUGGCUGCAUCUUGUACGGUUGCUGUUCCAUUACGGUCACAAAACCUGGAAAUAGAACUAUAAACACCUGGCAAAGACUCAAAACUGCUUCUCCGGUAGUUCCCGCUGCAGCAGGUGUCUCAAUUACCACAUUUUGCCAUCAUGACUCACACAGACUUAAAGGUAAAUAUAACAUCAAUAUAGCUGUUGUAGCUUGAAAGGAGUGCUGCUGCCUCACUCAUUAGGGACAUUUAAUCCCUCGGCUCCUGUUAGAAUAAAUACAUCCCAACACGUGACCACUUCUGUCUAUCAAAACUGGUAUAAAUCUGUUAGAGAAAGACAAAUUGGUCCGAAACAACAUUCACAUAUCAACUAAAAAUCUAUGAAAAAUAUAAGGAAGGAUCAGUAGGGCUCAGUACAUUUACUUAUAGAAAACAAACAGGUAUACUAAUUUCUAUUCCGACAUGGAAGCUUUUAGGAUAGUGGAUGGCUGGUACCAAUGUUUUCAUUUAUCUUAAUAGAACAUUUACAGCUUCCGUAAAAGCACCAUAUGAGGUAGAUGAAGUGGACUGGAGCCAAUAGACUGUAUUCUACCUCUGCAAUGUAGAGCAAUAUAAACUCAGCAUGCAUGUAAGACUGAAAUAGUUGUUUGUGUUACACAUAUAGGAAUACAAAGACAGGACAUGUUCAAGGAGACAGAAUUUCAGUAUAAAUGUCAUAUAUCCAUAUCAGGGCACAUUUAGAGCGAUUUGAUGGAGUAUACAUCAUUUUAAUGUACCAGGUAUGCACUCAGAAAAUGCUUCUCUUGUGUUAAACAUUACCGCACUCUAUCCCUUUAUACAUGGUUCUGAUGUUCCAAGUUGCUAGUGGUAAGAUUAGAAAAUAUUAUGAAUUUAGAUAACACAGAUUUGAAAAAAAUCUUACUGUAAUAAAUUGGGUCAUUACAACUGCAACUUCCCAUAAUACAUAAUAAAGAAGCAAAUGUGUUUGAAUAUAAAUCUUAAAAUAAUGCUUGUUUGUUUUCCAUCUGUUUGCCCACAGUGGGAUGAGGAAGUGUAGUGAAGUUUUACUGAGUAGGGAGUGCUCCGUACACUUUGUGGUGUUCAUCAAACCCAGAGCCAAUUUGGCAGCAAACUGCUACUUCAGACCGCUUUGGAAAACAUGUUAUGUUUCAUUUUUUGCAAAGCUGGGAUAUCUGUCUUUCCUUUUAUUGGCAUAGCUGUUGGUGCCGUGUUAUUUACCAGGAAGAAAUACAAUCUGCAAUAGUUCAAGUGUAAUGUCUAAACCAGUUCUGGUUUUGUGAUUAAUAGAGAGCCAUUUUAGAAAGCAGGGUCUAAAAGGCUUGGUCACUUGUGCAAUCUGUAUCAGCCCCGAGCAAUAUUUUAGAAUGUAUUAAGUAUAGAUGUUUGUUUUGUUUUAUUAUAUUUGCUUCAUGAUAUGAAUUUUGAAAAUAUUGAUACCAAUAAAAACGUGUCCAUUUC